UAGUGGUUGGGUGGUUUUCGGGCUGUUCACCGGUUCAGGGUGUCGGCGUCGCUUGGUGGGCACCGAGGUGACGGAGCGAAGAGCGGGAGGAGAGAAGUUGGCCCCGCUGCCCAGAGGCGGCUGUGAGGCCCCCUGCGCCCGUAGUUGACGACGGUGCCCUAGUUCCCGCCCCGCUCGCCGCCUCUCCCGGCUCCGUUCUUCCCACCUGCCGGUGACGGAGGCGGCCCUGAUGAGGCCGGCUCAGGUGGGUGCUGCGUCUCCCGAGCCCCCACCCGGCCCGACCCCCGCCUCCGAGUCCCAGAUCCGGAAGGAGGAAGGAUGGAUGCCUCAUCAACUAAAAUGGGCAAAGUCAGCUUUAGGAGGAAUUUGCAGGUGGAAUAAGGAGAGUCCGUUUUUGUCCACGUCACAAAUGUUCCAGAGACACCCAAGGGGAGGUGUUGAGUGGACACUUUUACACAGAGAGCUGGAGUUCAGAGGAUGGAUUCAGGAUGGAGACAGCCACAACAGAGUGGCUGUGUGGACUACGAUGAAGCUGAAGGACCGUGUGGUCUUUGAGGACGUGGCUGUGUAUUUCUCCCAGGAGGAGUGGGGCCUCCUUGAUGAAGCUCAGAGACACUUGUACCAUGCUGUGAUGAUGGAGAACUUUGCACUUGUGACCUCCCUAGGUUGUUGGCAUGGAGCACAGGAUGAGGAGGCACCUUCUGAGCAAAGUGUUUCUGUAGGGAUGUCAGAGGUUGGGACUCCAAAGCCAGAUCCAUCCACCAAGAAGGCCCAGCCCUAUGAGAUGUGUGACCCACUGUCCAAAGACCAUUUGCACCUACCUGAGCAUGACGGAAUGUACCCUGAUGAAGGGCUGUAUAUUUGUGGGGAAAACCUUUUCCAGCACCAGAAGGAGCAGAUUAGAGACAAACUUUCCAGAAGGGAUGAGGGGCAGCCUUCAUUUCUUACCAACAGCAACAUUCACUCGGCAGAGAGGACCUUGACAUGCAGCAGAGACAGAAAGGACUUCCCAGGCAGCAUAGGCCUUCUGAAGCAGCCGACCCCUCACAAUGCGGGGAAGCCACACAGGGACACUGAGUGUGGGGAAGCUUUUGAUAGUGGGCAGAGUGAUUACAGGUGCACUCAGUGUGGGAAAGCCUUCCGUCAAAAACAGAUCCUUGUUGAGCACCAGAAAAUCCACACUGGUGUAAGGCCUUAUGAGUGCAGCAAAUGUGGUAUGGCCUUCAUUAGAAAGUUUCACCUUGUUCAGCACCAGAGAAUCCAUACUGGCGAAAGGCCUUUUCAGUGCAGUGAAUGUGGGAAAUGCUUUAGGUACAACUCCACACUCAUUAGUCAUCAGAGAGUUCACACUGGAUUGAGCCCUUAUGAGUGCAGCAAAUGUGGGGAAUUCUUCAAGUACAAUGCCAACUUCAUGAAACAUCAGAGAAAACACAAUGGAGAAAGGCCUUAUGAGUGCAGAGAAUGUGGAAAAUUCUUUAGGUACAACUAUAGACUUGUAAGGCAUGGGAGAGUUCACAGUGGAGAACGACCUUAUAAGUGCAGCGAAUGUGGGAAAUUUUUCAGGUACAGCUCCACAUUCAUUAGACAUCAGAGAGUUCAUACUUCAGAAAGGCCUUAUAAGUGUAAUGAAUGUGGGAAAUAUUUUAGGUAUAAUUCCACACUCAUUAAACACCAGAGAGUUCACACUGGAGAAAGGCCUUAUGAGUGCACUGAAUGUGGGAAAUUCUUUAGGUACACAUCCACCCUCAUUAGACAUCAAAGAGUUCAUACUGUAGAAAGGCCUUAUGAGUGCAGCUUGUGUGGGGAAUACUUUAGGUCCAAGUCCAAACUCAUUAAACAUUGGCAAAAUCACACUGGAGAAAGGCCUUACGAGUGCAGUGAAUGUGGGAAAGCAUUUAGGUACCACUGCAGACUCAUUAGACAUAAGAGAGUUCACAGUGGAGAGAGGCCUUUCGAGUGCAGCGAAUGUGGGAAAUUCUUUCGAUACAACUCCAACCUCAUUAAACAUUGGAGAAAUCACACAGGCGAGAGGCCUUACGAGUGCAGAGAGUGUGGGAAAGCCUUUAGCCACAAGCAUAUACUUGUUGAGCAUCAGAAAAUCCAUACUGGAGAAAGGCCUUAUGAGUGCAGCAGAUGUCAGAAAGCCUUCAUUAGGAAGUCCCACCUUGUUCAUCACCAGAAAAUCCACAGAAGACAAUAUGAGUGCUGUGAAUGUGGGGAAUUCAUUAGAUACAACUCCAACCUCAUGAAGCAGAGAAUUCACAGUGGUAAAGGCCUUAUGAAAGGGCCUACUGUAUAGCACAGGGAAUUAUAUUCAGUAUCUUGUAAUAACUUAUAAUGGAAAAGAAUUUGGAAAAGAAUUAUAUAUAUAUAAUAUAUAUAUAAACUAAAUCACUUUGCUGUACACCUGAAACAUUGUAAAUCAACUAUACUUCAAUUAAAAAACAAAAGACCUUACAAGUGCAGAGGUUAUGGUAAAUUAUGUACUACUCCUAACACUGAAGGAGUACCUCAUGAGUUAUGUUGGAGUGGGCCUUCUCAGUACAGUGAGCAUGGAAAGUUGUUUUGAUACAGCUCCCCACUCGUUAGACAUCGAGUUCACACCAGACGAAGGCCUUCUAAGUACAGUGAAUGGAAGUCUUCAGGUGAAACUCCAACUCCAUUAAACAUCUAUUUCACAAUGGAGAAAGGUCUAAGUGCAGCAAAUAUGGGCAUAUGUUCAGCCAAAACUCCCACCUCAUUCAGCACCAAAAAGUUCACACCAGAGAGAGUAUUGCAAAUGUGGAAAGACUUUAGCAAAACGUCUGCUCUAAUCUGUCCCUGAGAACUAUUGUUUUUUCUUUGAUUGUGGUAAAAUAUAUGUAACAAAGUUUACCCUCUACCUUUUAAAUUGUUGGGUGUAGUGUGUUUAAAAAUUCACAUCUAAUCUCCAGAAUUUUUUUCAUCUUGCAGAAAUGAAACUAUGCCUCUUAAACAACAUCUCUUUCUACUCCUUCCCUACCUCACCUGGCAACCUCUUUUUUACACUCAGUCGAUUAAUUUGAUUACUCUGGAUGCUUUAUACAAGUAUAAUCAUACAGUUUUCACCUCUUUGCAACUGGCUUAUUUAGCUUAGCAUAAUUUCCCCAUGUUGAAGCACUUGUCAGCAUUUUCUUCUGUUUUGAGAAGGAAUCAGAAUUGACCUAAGACAUGGGGAAGGAUUCUGAUGGUCAAUACAAAUUUGCCUGAUAUGAUGCUAUUUAGAGAAGAGGAGAUCCAGAUUUUAUAUGGAAUAUUUAUUGACAGCUUUAUUGAGGUACUGACAUACUCAAUUUCAUAUUAAAAUUGUAAAAUGUAUUUUCACAUCUGUGUGCACAAUGGGACUAUCAUCAAAGUCACAAGGGCUUCCCUGGUGGUGCAGUGGUUGAGUCCGCCUGCCAAUGCAGGGGACACGGGUUCGUGCCCUGGUCCGGGAAGAUCCCACGUGCCGCGGAGCGGCUAGGUCCGUGAGCCAUGGCUGUUGAGCCUGCGCGUCUGGAGCCUGUGCUCUGCAACGAAAGAGGCCACAACAGUGAGAGGUCCGUGUACCGCAACAACAACAACAACAAAAAUAAGUCACAAUAAUGAACAUGUCCAUUACUUAAUGGAGUUUCCAUUAGCCACUUUGUAUUCUCUCUCCCAAGCCUACCCAAGUUGCCAUCUCCAGGUAGACACUCUAGUUUCCAUUUUCUAGAAUUUCAUAUAAAGGGAAUCCUACAGGUUUCCUUGUUAUGACUGUUUUCACUGAGUGCAUGAAUAUAUUUUUAGUAUUAUUCAUGUGUGUGCAAAGGAAUGACACUAAAUAAAAAUAAGGAAGGCUUUGUUAUGUA